CCCUGUCUAUGGAGCGCUCAGUCUCCCACCCAUCCACAGCCCCACCAGUGUACGGCCGACAGCAGUAGGUGCCUAUCACAUCGCAGGGUGCCGCGAGAGGACUGACAGGAUCACACCAUCGCACUUGUAGCAGUGGAGACUCGCGCAGGAUGGCCAACUCAACGCGUAUCUUCUGCAGUAUGGUUUUCAUCAUGGGGUUGCUCUCCUCGCCCGUGGAAUCCAAAAGAAACCGAGGUUCACAAGGCGCCAUUCCUCAUCCUGACAAAAGCAACCCAAACGAAUCGGAGCAGCAACCGCAGACUCCGCAGGCGGGCUCCGGCUCCCGGCAGAGGCAGGGCUCAUCCUCCCCGGCCGACGAGGUGCUGGAGUCCAGCCAGGAAGCGUUACACGUGACGGAGCGCCAGUAUUUGAAACGGGACUGGUGCAAGACGCAGCCCCUGAAGCAGACCAUCCACGAGGAGGGCUGCGUCAGCCGCACCAUCAUCAACCGCUUCUGCUACGGGCAGUGCAACUCCUUCUACAUACCCAGGCACAUCCGCAGGGAGGAGGGUGCCUUCCAGUCCUGCUCGUUUUGCAAGCCGAAGCGUUUUACCACCAUGACUUUUACUUUGAAUUGUCCCGACCAGCAGCCACCCACCAAGAAGAAACGCAUCCAGCGCGUCAAACAGUGCCGCUGUAUAUCCAUAGACCUGGACUAAAGACAAGGCUUGGGUGUGUGUGUGUGUGUUUCAUAUCCCUCGCGGACAGGAUUGUUGGUAGAAAAAAAAGGUUGUCACAUAGCCAAGAACACAUGCCUGUCUCCACUUGGAGGAUGCAUUCACGAACGCUUCGUACAUGUAGGCUACAGUCUCUUCUUGCAUAACGUGUGAACAAAUAUGGACAUGCAACUUAUAGACCAUCGAGCAUUUUACUCCUCACCAGUUUGAAAACAAGCAUCACUGCACAGGAACGCUGAAUUGGAAUGGGCACGUUUUACGCACGGCUUCCUCCCCCCGAGAGGACUGCAUAACCCCGGGUUAUUUAAUAUAGAAACGCUUGCUGUGACAGGAAAUGUACAAUUUUGUAUUUUAAUGUGCAUAAUGUGUUUGCUGAACUGGACGUUUCCACUGUGUGGAAUUUGAUGUAUGAGCGAGGAUAUUUGUAAAUGGAAAAUGUGAUUUUUAUUUCGAUGUUACAAGAAUGUCUGAAGGUAAAUUGAUUUCUGUGAAUUUCCAAGUCCAUUGGUAAAGUUUUUUUUUUUUUUUAAAGUUGGAUUCCUAUCUUUUAGAGAUGAUAGGCUUAUUAGCCAGACGCUGUUCAGUGAUGGGUAAUCCAGUAUCGAGAUUAAAUAGUUGUCAAUGUAAAGGCAUCCUUGAUGUAACCGGUUUGUUUAUCCCUUUGAUUAAAUUAUCCAUGAAAAUAUAAAAUAAA